AUGGACGUUCUACUAGUGUUUGAAAUGUCAAACUACUUCUAUGGGGCUGUGCUCUCCGCUGCCGCUGACCAGGGCCAUAUGCACGGCAGCUGCCACUCGAGGCCCUUUAAUUUGGUCUUGAUGGCCCCGUGCCAAGGCUCCCAAAACGAUGGUCCACCCAUCGCUUGCGUAUACUCCUCGGAGACUGGACUAUGGGGCGAUCUGAUCUCAACAACAGAUCGGUGUGAGUUUGUUCAUUGUAAUCCUGGGAUCCUUGUUGGUAAUGUCCUUUACUGGUCAUCUAAGAGUGUGAGUGCCGAAUCAAAUUAUUUGGAUUUGGAUGAGCUCGGGGACGACAUAAUUGAGUUUGAUUUGGAUAGCCAGAGUCUUGCUUUGAUCAAGGGGCCUCGAGGACUGAAUUAUUCCACCACACAUCAGAUAAUCCAGUUAGAGGAUGGUGAUCUUGGUCUUGCCAUAUUGUCUCAUGGUAGAUUUGAAAUGUGGCAGAGGAAGGUCAGUUGUCAUGGUGGUGCUACAUGGUUCUUGCAGAAGACUGUUGAAAUACAUACUAUUCUUGGGCUCCCUCCUCAGGUGGAGGGAUCGAUGAGAGGGGUGGAAAUACUGGGGUAUGAUGAGGUUAAUGGUGUAAUGUUUUUAUUUUUGGACACCAAUGUCUACAUGCUUCAAGUGAUGUCAAUGCAAUCCAGGAAGCUUCAUCAAAGCCGUUAUGCCAAUAACUGUCAUCCUUUCACAAGUUUCUAUGGACCAGCCAUUCCUGAUGGAUACGGUGGAGCUGAAAUGCUGCAAGAUAUGUAG